GACUGCCGUGCUAUUUAGGAUAAAUAGCCUAUAUGGAAGUUUGGUAGCAAUAAUACACGCAAGUCUAUGACACUUUAUGAACUUCCUGGAACUAUGCAUAGCGUUAUGUGUAUAAUGUCUGUGUGUGAAUUGCCUAUCGGCGACUUCUGACUUUCCGUAAGUCAAGUUUUCACGUCCAAUUUCGUCGCGAUUUCUUUGCCGAUGAGGGUAUCUCGAUAAUUCCACGAGAGAGGAUUUAAUGAACUACGGGAUUUUCUGGUUCUCUGAAAGUGGAAUUUAGUCCAACUUUUUCGAACCCAUCUCGGUCGGACGGACGAUUGCGUGGAAAAGGGUUCGUCAAAAAUGAUGGCGGCCCAGGACGAUAAGGCCCCGUUUGAUGAUAGCAAUAAACAUUUAUGGCACUUUGGUGGUAUCACCCGAUCGGAGACGGACAACCUCCUGAUCCAAAAACGACCCGGGACUUUCCUGGUGCGUGACAGCAGGACGUGUCCAGGCGACUCAGUGCUGUGUGUUAGUGAAAAUAGUAAGGUAUCUCAUUAUAUCAUCACGAGGAAAGCGGAUCAGUUUGUGAUCGGUGAUCAGAUUUUCUCUACGCUACCUGACAUUCUGAACUUCUACCGAGGUCACUAUCUAGACACUACCGUCCUAGUCGAACCGUGUCCCAAGAACAGGAUGGUUCAGCCCCCUCCUCAGCUCCCAGUAUCAUCACCACCGUUGAACGAGAGAAAACCGCCCACACCGAACCCGGAUGUUCCUCCUGUCACUCCUAUACCGCCACCUGCCAUCGUCAGCAAUGCAGAGAGAUUCAGAGUUAAAUAUGACUUCUCAAGUGAGGAUGCCGAUGAUCUACCGGCACAGAAGAACGAGAUUCUGACGUUAAUUAAUCGAGACGAAGCUGAUUGGUGGACGAUGCGCAACUCAAGAGGGCAGGAAGGCCAGUUCCCCGUACCAUGGAUGGAGGCUCAGCUGCCAGUUGAACCACCCCCAGAGGUAUACCGCACUGUCACAUCGUACGGUAGAGCGACGCAGAGAAGAAUUCCCAACGCAUAUGACACGACACAACUUAAAUUUGAGAGAGGAGACAUUGUGAAAAUAAUCAAACAGCAUAUGAGCGGAUACUGGGAAGGAGAACUAGUCAAAGACGGAACUCAAGGAUUCUUCCCAUUUACAUUUGUAGAACUCCUUCCCCCGGAGGAAGCGGAUAGAAUAGGACAGAACGCCAGUCAAAACGGCAUGGAAGGCAACAACUCUCUUCUGAACUGAGCCUGGACUCUUAUCAUAUUAUUUUUGUCGAAAACCGCGACUUGAAAUCGCUCAAGGAGAGAAACGUAUGAACGUGCUCCUAUAUUAUGUGUAUAGUAAUCAUCUAUAAUGAACCAAGAAUGAAUAGAUUUGUAACCGUGCAAGGAGUGAUUGUGUGGAGCACUGAAGUGGUGGCAGGAGUGGGAUCGUGGAGGAUCAGGGAUCAGGAAUGGGAUCAGAAACGGGAUCAGGAACGGGAUCACAGAGGAUCGGACAGGAGUGGGAUCACGGAUGAUCGGGGAUCGUUAUGUUGCCAUUGAUAAAGACACGCAAACGGGAGUUUCAGUGUGAAUCGCAUCACAAUUCACCGACAACGAACUUGAUGGCAUCCUCGAUGUAGCAACGAAUGAAUCCCGCAUGCAGCGAACUUGUGAUCUAACCUAAAGAUCACGCAGCAUCAUGUCGAUAAGAUAUUUAGAACAGCACGUGGUCCUGGCUCGGACGUGGAAAGUGCGUGGAUGACUUUUCUUUAUGGGGCGGUCCUUGAUAAGUGCAUGAACGGAACGUGCAUUGUAGAAGGACCAAUCCUGGAAUGCAGAAAAUGAAUGCAGAUUUUGUAAGCCACAGCGAUAGGGGAUCAUGCCGAAAGUGAAUGCAGGAGUUGAAUGCAGGAGCUGAAUGCAUAUGAAAAUGUCUUGUAGCAGGUGGAUACCCAAUCAGUGUUGACUCCCAUGAAAGCCAAGCUUAUGUGUCUUUAAGUUGCGUCAGGAGUGGGAUCGUGCAUGUUGAGAGUGUUACCACUUAAACAUAGCACAAAGCAGAGGGAGUUCCUUCCCAGGCAGAGUAUGUCUACGGAAAGAACAAUGAUGAUCAGCAAAGGAUGUCACGAGUUGGAUCUUGCAGAUAGUGGAUCAUGGCCAAAGUGAAUGCAGGAGGUGAAUGCAGGAGAUAAAUGCAGGAGUUGAAUGCAGAAAAUGAAUGCAGAUCUUGUAAGCAACAGCGAUGGUGGAUCAAUGCCGAAAGUGAAUGCAGGAGUUGAAUGCAGGACGUGAAUGCAGGAAAUGAAUGCAGAUCUUGUAAGCAACAUCGGUAGUGGAUCAUGUCGAAAGUGAAUGCAGGAGGUGAAUGCCGAAGAUGAAUGCAGAAAAUGAAUGCAGAUGUUGUAAGCAACACCGAUACUGGAUCAUGCUGAAAGUGAAUGCAGGACAUGAAUGCAGAAGGUGAAUGCAGAAAAUGAAUGCAGAUGUUGUAAGCAACAGCGACUUCAGGAGAAGCUAUUCCAUGAGCAGUUCAUCCGCACCACCUGCUCAUUCAUGGAAGCAACUUGAUCCUGCCACAGCGGACGACUUAAACUUAACGCCAUUACACGAAAGCCAAAAUAUGUGUAUGGACGGUUGCAUCUUGCGCCCUCUUGUUGUUGUUUUUGUCCAGUCCUUCAAGCUCGUCCUGACAAAUAACUUAUUGUAUAUCAAGCACUAUGUAAUUAAUUGUACUUUGCCAGAAAAAAAAGUCUUACUGAUUAGAUUUAUAUGUUACCUAAAGCCCACUGCACACUAUACGAUACCCGUUUCACAAAGCCUUUUUUCAAUGACAAAUGACAAAAAUCAGUGACAAAUCUGUUGAUAACCCAUCAGAAGCAAGGAUUUCAGCAGCUUAUAACAAAAACUGUCAUUUGUCACUGAUGACAAGUUUUGUGAAACGCCCCCCUGAAUUCCAGAUAGUCAAAGAAAUGGCAAUCUUCCUGUUAGCUUCUAAAUAAUGAUAUAAAGAAAGGUGACAACCGGAAUUGGAGCAUUUGAGCUUUUUAGUGAGCAUAAAAGCCUAAUCGCCUUCAAGUCGUUGAUAAGCACACUACUGGUCUGAAGUCACAGUUUUGAGCCGAUUUAGCUUUUUUUCCUUCAAGAAAGCAUUAAUAAGAUUUUAUUAAUCAUAUGACUACUCAGAACCUCUGUAAUUGAGAUUUUACAAGUUGAAUGUUCAUAUCAAAUGCUCUUGCAAAGUCUUUCAAAAAUUGGAUGGUAGUCAGAUCGUAUAGUGUUCAGUGGGCAUUACAAUCAACGGGAAACUUGAUGACACAUGUGUACCUCUAUAACGUUGUCCGUAUUAUGCCUAUGAAAA